AUGCCACCAAAGAAUAGGAAAGAGCAAGACAAGGCAGCCAAGGCUAAGGCUAAGGCCAAGUCCGGUGAAGACAAAGGUUUUGGUAUGAAGAAUAAAAACAAAUCGAAGAAAGUCCAGAAUCAGAUCCAGCAGAUGCAACAAGGUGCUGAUGGAGGACUUGCAAAGAAGAGAGAGGCCGAACAGAAGAGAAAAGCCGAGGAAAAGAAGGCAUCUGAACAGGCCAAGAAGGAGGCUGCUGCUAUGUUUGGUAUUCAGCAGCAGAAGGUACCGUUUGGUGUGGAUCCAAAGUCGAUUUUGUGUGAGUUCUUCAAGAAUGGAGUAUGUACCAAGGGAAACAAGUGUAAAUUUUCCCACGAUCCUAAUGUUGGACGUAAGGACGCCAAGAAGGACUUGUACACCGAUGCCAGAGCUGAUGCUAAGGCAGAGAAGGAGGCUGAUACCAUGGAUAACUGGGACGAAGAGAAAUUGAGAAAGGUUAUUAUGUCCAAGCAUGGUAACCCAAAGACCACCACGGAUAAGAUUUGUAAAUUCUUUAUUGAAGCUGUGGAGAACGACAAGUAUGGAUGGUUCUGGGUAUGUCCUAACGGAGGACACGAGUGUAUGUACAAGCAUGCUUUGCCUCCAGGAUUCGUAUUGAAGACGAAGGAACAGAAGAGACUAGAAAGAUUGGCCAAGGAGGCCGAGCCUCAAAUCACGUUGGAGGAGUUCAUUGAGAUGGAGAGAGGCAGAUUGGAUAGAUCCAAGUUCACGCCGAUAACAUUGGAGACCUUCAAGAAGUGGAAGUUGCAACAGAAGGCCAAGAAAGCUGCCGAGAGAAAGAAAGAGGAACAGAGCGGUAAGAGACAGUUGACCGGAAGAGAAAUCUUGACCAAGAAAUAUGCAGACAAAUACUACCAGGAAGAAGAAAACGAGGGUGACGAGAUGGAUUUGUCAGAGUUCAGAACUGCCUUGCCUGAAAACGAGGAGUUCAAGGACUAUGGAGAUGGAGAAGAUAUCGAGGAGUUCGAUGACGAGGAGACUGCUCCUGAAGCCACUACUGAUGCCACUGCUGAAACUGCUGUCGAGACUAAAGCCGAGCCUUCCACAGCCGACUCUGCAUCUGAAUUGACGAGAGAAAACGCAACAGACAGCGCCAUCACGGCAUAA